AUUAAAUUUAAUAUUCUAUUUGUCAAUGAUAUGGGUAAGUCGUAUGGUUAGAAGUUUGAUCUUGUUGAUAAUAUUCAGAGCGAAUUGAACGAUUGGAGAUGUUAAGUUGAUUUCUCCCUGUCUUUGAUCAUCUCAGUAAUUAAUUGCUCCUUUGGUUAAUUGCGAUAACAAUUUAGAAGUUGAUUGUCACUUAUUUUGGAUAUAAUAAUAAACUAUACUCAAGUUUAUGUCAUUUCGAAGUUUUUUUUUUCUUUUCCAUGGUAACCAUUUGUUAUGAAUUUCUGGUUCUUACCUAUUGAUUGUUACUCUAAAUAUUAUUUUGUCAGGAAUCAGUUGUGAUCAAUAAGAAGUACUAAUCAUUAAGAGGAUAUUUUUUGUGAACGUGUAACAAUUAGAUUGAUCAAGAAUUGAUGAGUGUUUUGUGAUUGAAAUGAUCAUUAAAGUAAAAAGAAUCUGAAUUAAAUGUAACCUUAGCAUUGGUAGUAAGUGGUAAUUGUUUUGGUAAAUUUGGACAUUAUGGAUUCGGUGAUUAUUAGUAGAGUUUUGUCCUCUCGUCUUGGAAAUCGACCGAUGUCAUCGGCGAGGCCACUUAGUACUGCUCGACCGAUCACAUCAACUGGUUUGAUGGCACCGAAAACUGGACGAGGUCGAUCAGCGGCUGCUAUUCGGCGGAUGGUUCAAGAUAAAACUUACUGGUUGGGUGUUUUAAGAGCUAAAAUGAACGAGUUAACCAUGGAAAUCGCUGUUCUGUCCAAGGAAUGUGACCUGAUGUCCGCUGAAGAGGCUCGACUGAACAUGUGGCAGCGAAAAGCUGAAACAUUAGCUCGAGAAUUGAAAUUAGCGACUCUUGAGUUAUCUGUUUAUAACGAUUAUUGGGAUCGACUGCGAAUCGGUGAAAACUCAGCGGACAUUUUGGAAGAUAUUAACGCGAUCAAAAGUGAGAACUCUGAAUUAUCCGAGUUAUUGGAGGCCAAAUACAAGGAAAAAAAGACUAAAGAAGAUGAAAUAUCUUCUGGUGAAAGAGAAAUUCAGAAAAUCGAAGCUGAAUGGAAUUCGUUGAAAAGGCAAUUCACCAGCGAACAACGAGAAAGAUUCGAAGAGCUUGAAAGUCUUAAUCGUUCACUGACCAUGGAAUCAGAUCGAUUGGAAAAUAAGAUAAUGAAAUUGGCCGAAAAGAAAAGAACACUAGAAGAAUCGAAUAGUAAUGAGAACUCAUCACUUCGAAAAGAAGUUCUAAAUGGACUUAAUAGAUUAAGAGAAUUGGAGAGACAGAAAAACGAUCUAACCAGUGAUCAGAAUACUGGCGAUGAAAGAAGUCGAUUAUUGGCUCAAGUUCGAAGAGAUAACAAAGAGAUCAGCGAUCUCGAGAAUCGUCUUGAAGAGAUUCGUCGAUCGAUAGAAGAGCAAAAAUCGUCGCUAAUAGCAUACGAAGACGGAGAAACUGCGGAAAAAUUUCGUGACCUGAAGAAAAAAGAAUCAACAAUCGACAGUUUUCUGACCGAUUUCUCGGUCAAUCUAAAUAAUGAGAUGGAAAAAAUGACCUCACUUGGAGAAUCGAUCGCUGACCUAGUAGACAAAUCGAGUCGAUAUAUAAGAUUUAUUGAGACAUUGAAAGGUAACGACGGAACCUCGGGCAGUAGCGGAGGAGGAGACACAAAAAUGACCUUAAUCGACGAAAGGCGAAAGUUACAAUUAGAUUUAAAUAAAAUUGAUCAACUAGAAUCAAAGAUAAACUCGGAAUUGGAAUCACUUCGAACCAAAAUUGAUUCGUUAAUAAAGGACAUCGACAUUUACGGUAAUCUGGAUGGUCUUCGAGAUGAAAUCGACAAGAAGGAAAGUUCACUUAUCGUGGACAAAAAAUCUCUCGAAGAAAAUAUUCGACAAUUAAAAAGUGACAAAAUAGAUUUAGAAAAAUUAGUCGAAAAUGUCAAGAUUAAUCUCGAAGAAAACGAAGUGUACAAAAAGAUCAAAGAUUGCGAACGAAAAUUGUCCGAUCUGGUGGCCGUUAACGAAGAGUAUCAUGAUAAAUUGCGAGCGAAUGAUAAUAGUCGAUUAAUGAAACAAGUAUUCGAGAUAAUUAAUCGUUACAAUCAACAUUUACUUGGAUUCUAAUUUGAAUCAAAGUGAAAAAAUCAACUAAUCAACAGGUUGAUUGUGGUUAAAAACUUGAAUUUUAAUUAUAGACUGAUACAGAUCAGUUUUGGACACAUUGUGUUACAAAUACAAAAGUUAAUUGUGAUUGGAUUGAUUGGAUUAAAAUCAAAUAUUGAAAUAAAUGAUAUAAAAUAAUAAUAAUAAUAGUGUUAUGAUUAGAUGAAUAUCAUAUAAAUCAGAUAAAUAGAUGAUAUAAAUUGUUUCCAUUCAAAUGAAAAUAAUAUUUACAUUGUAAACCUGGUGAAACAAUUUAGUUAUCAGUGAUUGCAGAUUCUAAGUGUUUACUUGAUUUUUAAUUGUUCCAUGGCAACAAUUAACUUAUUUUACAUGGUCUCUCAAUUUGGUUUGACACUUGAUGUUUGUACAAUUACUAUCAACAAUCAAGCUUUUUUAUACUUUUGACCAUAUGAGCCAACCCGAUUAAUUGCUGAUUGAAUUUCACUGACCAAUACUGAGAUUGGUUUGAUAUUGUUUAACUUUGUUAAUAGUUGAUCAGGUUCGUUGAAAAUUGACCUUUUCCUACGACCGGCCGUUAAAUUGAUCGUACCUGUGGUGACCAUUGCGGUGAAAAAUAAGCUGAAAACGGGCAAUAAAAGUGCACCAAUACCAAUGAUAAAAGCGACAGGGAUUAACCAAUAAUAAUCAGUUCGUCCGUACAUUAAAUCGUGACUUGGAUCCCAAUAAUCGUACCGAUGAUGCCUCCAAAUGUCAAUUGGAUAUGGACGCUGGUGGACUGGAUAUUCCCAAUAAGGUGAAGCCGAGGCCGAUGCCGUUCCCGAUGUAUAAGCUUGUGAGCCUGAACCCGUUAAAUACGUUGACGGAGUGUAAUCCAAGGCCGAAGAUGAUGUUUCGUUAGCACCAUAAGCAGGUAAACUUGCUAAUAGAAAACUGAUCAAACUAAACACAACAAGAAUCAACAUUUUAAUUGACAAGACAAUUCACCAAAUUGUAAAACGAAAAAUAACUGAAAAUACAAAAUAAUCUACUAAUAACUAUUCUAUU